UCCUGGUUUUGAUCCUGGUAUACCCGGAGAGAGUUUGAAGAUCAACAGUUCAUCCAGGUUCGGGAUACUUCUUCAGUUUAUCCAGGGUAGACUAACAUACAAGAAAGGAAGGUGUAGUUGGUCCCAGGUGGGCUAUUUCAAUCUUCUCCUGUUGACAACUUCAAGGCGCCAUCUUGUGUCAGCUGUAACUCAAGAUGUCAGCUGUUAUGGGGCCCUGGAUUUCCAGGCUGCUAUUUAUUGGGCCCUGGAUAAUCAUAUUAUCUAAUCUUGUCGAGAAAGGAGAAUGCGACACCCCCGAGUUUAUUUAUCCGAUUGACAAUAUCACAGUUGCAGCAGGAAGAGAUGCUCAUUUCACAUGUGUUGUCAACAAACUACAGGGGCACAAGGUUGCUUGGUUGAGAUCAGAUUCUAAAGCCAUUCUUGCCAUACACAACCACAUGGUGACUAAUAACCACAGAAUGACUGUGAGCCAUAAUGGUCAUAAUACCUGGAGGCUACAUAUCUCCAACGUGCAAAGAAAUGACUCCGGGCACUACAUGUGUCAGAUCAACACGGAGCCUAUGGUCAGUCAGAUCGGGAUGCUUGAGGUGGUUGAGGCCCCAGAUAUUCUUUACAAUGAAACUUCUAAUGAUACUAUCACUAUGGAGAGUGCUAAUGUAAACCUAAUCUGCGAAGCCAGAGGAUACCCUGAGCCGACAGUGAUCUGGAAAAGAGAGGAUAAAGAGAAUAUUGUACUCAGAGACGGUACAGGCGGAGUGCACAGAGUGUCAAGUGUAGAAGGAAGAGAACUCAGUCUAACGAAGCUUACACGUGGGGAUUCAGGAGCAUAUCUUUGUAUCGCUAGUAAUGGUGUCCCAAGUCCUGUAUCAAAGAGGAUAAUGCUUCAUGUGCACUUUCAUCCGACGGUUGAUGUAGUGAAUCAGAUAGUCAGUGCAGCAGUCGGUACACAGGUAAUCCUUGAAUGUGUUGUACAAUCCUCUCCCCGACCCAUCAACUACUGGGCCAAACAGAUGCAAAAAGGAGAAGAUGUAAAUAUACUUUCUGGAGGUAGAUACAAGACUACAGAGGAGCAAAUCAAUUCUUAUAGUAUGAGAAUAUAUCUAACUAUUGACGUUAGAAAGAAAGAUUUUGGAGUAUAUGCCUGUAAAGCUAGAAACAGUCUAGGGGAGGCCCAAGCUACUGUUCAAUUACAAGAGUCUAAGAUAGAGUUGAGUGCCCCGGACCCAGAUUUUGAACUGGAGACUACAACGCUACUGCCUGUACAGAGGAUUAAGAAGAGAAGGAAGGGGAAGGAGAGGAGAAAAAAUAAGGUUGAGGAGUACGAUGAUUGGGAGGAGGAGGAGGAGGAGGAGGGAGGAGAUCAAUCCAAACCACAAAUCAUCUUUUUUAAGGAGCCUGAGAUCCCUGCAACAGUUUACACUACACAAACCAUCUCAUCAUUAGACACAUAUUCAUCAAACACAAGGAAUAGCUGUAUUACAGGAUUGUAA